UUGAAUUACCAGAUUCUUAUUAUUAUUAUUAUAAGUCUCUCCUUAAUCCAUCUUUCUCUCACUUCCUCGUGCCGGAUAUAUAGCGUUCCUGAUUCCAUUUCUGUCUUUUAUGUUUCAUAAUCCAGGCGCAGUGAGGAAGGAGAAGCCACCAUUGCUAGAUCCUCACUCUCCUUCUAUGUUCAUUUGAGUGGAAACACUGGAUUAGAUUCAGACUACUGACCAAAAACGGUAAUUUUGGAACGAAAUGAAUGUUUCUUCAAAAUCCACCGAUGAGGUUGUUCAAGAGAUAAUGAAGAUUAACAGAUCUUUGCCAACGAGACCUGGGAUUGAAGAAGUUGAGGCGGCGAAGACAUUGGUACGAAAUAUGGAGAUGGAAGAUCAAGCCAGGCUCGAAACCAUUGAAAAACAGAACAAGAAAACAAAUGUACCUCAAGAGAUUUUCAUGGUUUUACAGGAGAUGCAGAAGAACUAUCUUUACUUCCAGAGCAAAGAACAGAAGAGGGAAGCUCUUAAACUACUUGAUCUUGAGAAUGCCCAUAACCUGUUUGACGAAUUGAUUCAAAGAGCUUCCACAUACCUUUCACCCAAUUCUGCAGGUUCUACAUCCACAAAUUCCAGCAGUUUGUCUUUGGCCAAUUCUGCAUCUUUCUCCGGUGGUAACAGUUUCGAUACAUUCACUACCAGCACAACAGCAACAACAACAACAUCAACAUCCACAACUAGCUUGUUUUCCGAAAGAGAACCUGCCAGAACUGUCGAUUUGUUCAGCAGAGACGAUAGCUAUUUGAAGAAGGCCAAAACUACUUUCUAUCUUGAUGAUGUAACUGGAAAUCGAUCCCUAAACAUGCUCAAGCCUCAGAUCGUUGAUUCUUCGGUUAAAUCUUCUAGCAUACUAGGUGAUCAAGAAGGUGAAAAAAUGAGCUUGAUUAAACUUGCCAGCUUAAUUGAGGUAUCUUCAAAGAAAGGUACUAAAGAUCUCAAUCUUCAAAACAAACUAAUGGAUCAAAUAGAAUGGCUUCCCGAUUCAAUCGGUAAACUUUCGACGAGUCUAAUCACAUUAGAUUUAUCCGAAAAUCGGAUUAUAUCACUACCACAAAAAAUCGGAAACCUUUCAUUGUUGAAAACAUUAGAUCUACACGCAAACAAGAUUACCGAACUUCCAGAGAGUAUCGGAAACCUCUUUAAUUUGGUUAACCUAAAUCUUAGAGGCAACCAAUUAACAUCUCUUCCCCAAACCAUAGCCAAAUUGGUUCGGCUCGAAGAGCUUGAUUUAAGCUCGAACCAAAUGACACUUCUUCCUGAUGCAAUCGGGUCCCUUCUAACCCUGAAGAAACUCGAUCUCGAAACAAAUAGCCUAGAAGAACUUCCCCACACGAUUGGUAAAUGUUCUUCACUUAUAGAGCUUAGAGCCGAUUAUAAUCGGAUCAAGGCAAUUCCAGAAGCUGUGGGAAGAAUCGCAACUUUGGAGAUCCUUUCGGUUCGAUACAACAAUGUUAGACAACUGCCCACAACGAUGUCUUCAAUGUCGAGCUUAAAAGAACUCAAUGUGAGUUUCAAUGAGCUCGAGUCUAUCCCGGAGAGUUUGUGCUUUGCGACUACACUGGCUAAGCUGAACGUCAGCAAUAACUUUGCUGAUCUACAAUACCUCCCUCGAUCCAUAGGGAAUCUUGAAAUGCUUGAAGUUUUGGAUAUUAGUAAUAAUCAAAUAAGAACGAUUCCAGAAUCUGUAAGAAUGCUAUCGAGUUUGCGGGUCUUGAAUUUGGAAGGGAAUCCACUCGAGGUUCCACCAAGGGAGAUCGUUGACAAGGGUGCACAGGCUGUUGUACAAUAUAUGGCGGAUAUGGUUGCUAAGAAGGAAAUGAAGCCACAACCGAUCAAACCGAAGAAAUCUUGGGUAAAAAUAUGUUUUUUUUCCAAGUCUAACAAACGAAAGAGAAACGAGAUGGAUUGCGUGAAAGCAGCAGCAUAAUUUGCUAACGGUUUUGUAAACCAUAAGGUUUCUAAUUAUGUGUGUCUUCUUGAUUUAGGAUUGUAUGUAGAUUGUUGUUCUAUUAUUGAUGUUACACUCUAUAUCACAUUGUCUAUAUAUGUGUCAUUUCUAGUCUACAUUGCUUUGAUUUCCUUUUUUGAAACAUAUUUGUACAAUGUGUAGAAAAUAUAGAGGAUUCCAUACA